ACAUCAACAAUUAAUAUAAAUAUAAUUAAACUCAAAUGGAGAAAAAGAAUGCAUCGUACCCAUUUUGUAGUCGUUGUCGCUGAAAGAUGACGUCACCGGCCGAGGACCCUCGUUUGGCGAGUGUUGUGGAUUGAUUGGUGGAUUCCGUUUGCUUCCCCCUUCCGCUUGCGGGCUGUUGCCAGGGUAACUCGGGAUCCCGUGCGCGCCGCCGCAGUGACUAGGCGCACGCGCGCGCCGCCGCGCCGGCCGAGCGAUCGUCGAGAUGACGGGCGUGCGAGCGAUGACGUCACAACCCCGCAGAGCUUGAGUGACAGUUGUCAACAGGUCGUCCGUGCACGCGCAUCAGAGGGCCGCGCGGGAAGCGAGGUCACGCGCGGACCGGUCCGGACGGCCGACCGGACCAUCCCGCCGGGCGGGAGAUGGAGGGCGAGGUGCAGACGUGGGCCGAGUCGCUGGUGGUGACGCUGGACGAGCUGGAGUGCAAGAUCUGCUACAACCGCUACGACGCUCACGGUCGCAAACCCAAACUCCUGGCGUGCCUGCACCGAGUGUGCGCCAAGUGUCUCGAGAGGAUGCUGGACGUGGGCGAGUCGUCGCCGUCCGCCGUCAGCUGCCCGUUCUGCCGUCACGAGACUCGCGUCCCCGACGAAGAGGUGUGGCUGAUGGAGGACGACCGCCACAUCCUGGCCGCGCUGUCCUGUCAAGACCGAGCUCGGCGAGGAGGAGGCCGGCACGGAGAAGUUCUGCUCAGUCCCGACUCGCUGACAGGUUCAGAGCGGGCGCGGCGUCCUUCCGAGCGCCUGGUGAUCACCAUCGUGGAGCUGCCGGCCCAGUCGCCGUCUUCGGACUCUCCCGGUACGCUCAACGCGCUCACGAUGUACCGGCGUCCCGGCCGGGACUCGCCGACCCGCAAGCGGGGCUCCUGGACGUCCCGCCGAUUCCCCCGCUGCCUGCUGGGGGCGCUGUGUCUGGUGUACUUCAGCUCCCUCCCGCUGGGCAUCUACCUGCUGAUGAUGGGCCACAUGUGGCCGGGCGUGGUUCUGGUCAGCCUGGUCCCGUCCACGCUGCUGCUGCUGGUGGUCUACGGUUUCUGCCAGUGUCUGUGCCACGAACUCCUGGAGGCGCUCGCCGCUCGGUGCCGGGACGACGGCGCCGUGGCCAUCGCGUCCGCCGCCGACGAGUAGGAAGCCAGCGCGCCGACACUUUGCCUCGCCUGGCAAAGGCGUUGAACGUAGCCGUCAAGUGGAAGCGUCGCACGUUCUGCGCCGCUGCUGAAUCCUCAAGUUCCCUAAAGUCUGAGCUGGGGGGGGGCUGCGAGGCAAACGGUCGCCCUCUCUCGCUCUCUGUGGGUUGUUGUUCUUCGUCAGACGCGGUGGUUUCCAUCGGUAACCGUUACGAAGCCCCGCAAAUCUUCCAAAUUGUGGCGUGCGCUCAAAAUACAAAUGGAUAAUAUGAAGAUGAUUCCCGGGAAGUUGAGUCCGAAAACGGAGAGCAAAAAAAAAAACUGUACAAGGGGCCAAAAACGUGUUCACGGGAACAAUUUUGAAGAUCACGCCCGUAGUUUGUGCGCUUGUUGUACUUUUUUUUUUUUUCAUGCGGUGUCCGGGCUCCGCUUUUGGGACCGCAGGAAGUAGAGCGGCGGCGUUUUUUUGUUUUUUGGGUGGGGGUGUUGUGAGCCAGCCAACUGUCCCGCGUCACCUCCACAAAUACGUGGCCGCUAGCGAGUGCUAGCUUAGCUUUCAAACAAAAAUCCAGCGGGGCCCGCCCGCUACUCCAAAUCGUCUCCAAUUUGCCUCCGGACGUUGGAGCCGCUCCAGUACGGCAGCGAACAAACCGCUCGGAUCAAAUCUACUUUUAUGCCAUGCGUUCAUUAUUAUUUUAAAGCAGCUGACUAAUCGCGAAUGAGAACUUCAUUCUGCCGCAUAUCAGGCCUCCAAAGCAGUACAAAGAGUUGUGAUGCAAUCUUAUCGAGUGGCGCGGGCGUCCCCAGGAAUACGACGUCCUAGCACUUUUGAGGCCACGGGUUCAAAUCCGCCUCGGCCUGCGUGGCUUCCCUCCCACGUUCCCAAAACAGGUGUGCUAGCUUGAUGGAAGACUCCAAAUUGCCCAUUGCUACAAACGGGUGUGUUCUUCUCCAUGCGGCGACCAGUUCAGGGCGUACGCUACCCACCUUCUGCCCAAAAAUGGCUGGGGUGGGGAGUUGGGUAUAUAUAUAUAUAUAUAUAUAUAUAUAUAUGGAGAGAGAGAAAGAGAGAGAGAGAGAGAGAGAGAGAGAGAGAGAAGGGGAACAAGCAAAGGGCUUCAAAUAACAGGAAAGGUUCAAGAAAUCGUAGAUGACCCCCCCCCCAAUAAUUUCUAUAACAGUAAAAAACAAAAGAUUAAUCAGCUUUCCCCCCCCCCCCCAAAAAAAAAAAAAAGCAAAUAUGGGCUCCAAUAAAUUCACAAAUGAUUGAUGCCCAUAACGUAUUUGCAAUGGAAAAUAGCAACAGUACUUGAAAAUGCUCAAAACGGUCCGGACCAAAAAUGGACGAGCGGCAGACGGGGUGCAAUAACCCAAACGCUGACAAGGGGGAGCGGAGCCGUUCCCUCCCCCAAAAUCGUUGCAUGCCAACACUGAUCACAGUUUUUUUUCUCCCACUUUAGCGCAGAGGACUAAGCUAGCGGUUUGCCGUGCAUUUUGCACCUGAUGCUCAUAUCUGUCUGGCGGCUAAGCUAACAAGUGAACUUUCACCUCCUUUCUGUGCAAUACGAAGACAAAUGACAGCGAAUAAAAAUGCAGGUCAAAUCCACUUGUGUUCAGUCUCGUCCCGGGGUGCGCAAACCUUCCUCUGAGGGCCCCCGACAGAAAACUGCAAGGACCGCUUAGCAAUCUUAGCCCACGCAAUUGCUAAUGCACACGUACAGGAAUGCAAGCAAAAAGCAAUGUUUAGCUUGAUUUUCUACAACUACAGUACUUUAGUCAAAGUUGUCAUCGCAGUGAAUCCUGGGUAGCCGACUACGUUAGCAGGUACUAGCUGACAGGUUUCAUCCAUGGCGGGGGUUUGAGGAACUUAGCCCGUGUGAUAAAUGACAUGAUAUAUGACACUAGUUAUUUUGGGAAAAACUGCUACAUUAGCAGCGAUGAGGAGACGUGACGGGAUUUUGCAGCCGAAUCUCGUUUCCGACCCGCGAGGCGAAACAUUUGCAGUCUUUCGUAAGCCAAAUUUCUUUGAUGGGCACAAACGCAGAGCAAAAAAUAUUUUCCCAACUGCCGUGAUACUUUUUGGUGGGUCGAAAAGCAAUUUAGUGACAUUUAG